AUGAACUCGUUGUGUUUGGCCUUGUUUCUGUCACACAUACUCUUCCAUUCGAUGUUCAACGACAAUGCGCCAAAUGUCGGAAGGACUGCGACAAAAAGCAUCCAACUUAGAUACGCCGUUCAUUCCUUGCUCGCUGGGGGCCCCAUGGUCAAACUCCCAGCGGCGACUUUGCGCGUGCAAACCCAGCACAGUUUCCGCCUGCUGAGACACCUUCCAAGUUCCAAGCUGGUAGGCGACAUGCGCAAUGCGCAGGCGGCAGGCGGGUCUUGUGCUUGCUUUACCACUUUUUCCUGGUUCCUCACGCCAAGCCAACCCGAGGCAGUUGGGGCCACGGACAUAUCCUGGUAG